AUGGAUCCGUUGAGUUGGGGUCGUGGUUGGUAUACUAUUCAAAGUAUUUCUGGUUCUGUUAUUCAGUAUUUAAAAGAGGUAGCUCGCGACAAGCCACCGGAUGAGUUAGUAUGGCCGUUUCGACUGUUUCUGAUUCUACUCGGAUAUUCUACAGUUGCCAUUCCAGCUGCUCUUCUGAUUUGUUAUGUGAGAAGAAAUCGACAUGCAUUCGAAACUCCAUAUCUAUCAAUUCGCCAAAUCCUUCGAAGUUUUGCUGUCGGAAAUCCUGAAUAUCAAUUGAUACCGACAGGUGAAAAACAAGCGUCAUCAUCUCGAAAAGACGGAGAUUCCAUUCCACAAACAAGAGCCCAAUGUAUAAAUGUUAUAAUCCUGUUGCUCUUUUUCUUCAGUGGAAUUCAAGUAACACUCGUAGCAAUGGGUGUAUUACAAGAGAGAAUUAUAACAAGAGGGUAUCGAAGAUCGGAUCAGUUGGAGAUAGAGGAGAAGUUUGGAGAAACUCAAUUUCUGAUAUUUUGCAAUCGGAUUGUAGCGUUGGUGCUCAGUUUCUUGAUUCUAUCAAAAGAUUGGACCAAACAACCUCCACACGUCCCUCCACUCUACGUUCACUCCUAUACCUCAUUCUCCAAUACAAUAUCAUCGUGGUGUCAGUAUGAAGCACUGAAAUAUGUUUCGUUCCCCACUCAAACAAUUUGUAAAGCGUCGAAAGUCGUUGUUACAAUGCUAAUGGGUCGAUUAGUCAGAGGGCAACGAUAUUCGUGGUUUGAAUACGGAUGCGGGUGUACAAUUGCAUUCGGUGCAAGUCUAUUUUUGUUGAGUUCAUCGACAAAGGGUGCUGGAUCCGGAAUAACAUACACUUCGUUCUCCGGAAUGAUUCUAAUGGCUGGUUACCUUCUCUUCGAUGCAUUCACUUUAAACUGGCAGAAAGCGUUGUUCGAUACAAAACCAAAAGUUUCCAAAUAUCAGAUGAUGUUUGGUGUCAACUUCUUCUCUGCAAUCUUCUGUGCGGUUUCACUGAUCGAACAAGGAACUCUCUGGUCUUCUCUGAAAUUUGGAGCAGAACAUAUCGAUUUCACUCGUGAUGUAUUCCUACUGUCAUUAUCUGGAGCUAUCGGACAAAUAUUCAUUUAUUCGACGAUCGAGAGAUUCGGACCGAUUGUUUUUGCAGUGAUUAUGACUAUUCGACAGAUGCUCUCAAUCGUCCUCUCCACAAUCAUGUAUGGUCAUGAGCUGACAUUCUGGGCGGCUAUCGGAUUCUUGAUCGUCUUCAUCGCCAUUUUUGUAGACAUUCACAAAAAAUACUCGGACAAGAAACGGGUUCCACAAAGGAGUUAA